GCGGCGUGGAGGGGCGUCAUCUGCACCAUGAGGCGCACGUUGCGCGUGCGGUGCUUGAGGAAGAAGCGCACGCCGUUCUCCCCUCGCUGCCUCUCCUGCACCCGUGGCGCGGCACAUGGGCCAGCAUUGGGUAGGAUGGCGUGUAGCGUAUCGGAGAGCAGCGCACGGAGAACACGAAAUGAGUUGGAAAGAUGAGGGAGGCAGUGAAGGGAAGGGAGCAGCAAGCAGACAGCACGAGCAACAGGGAGGCCAGCAGGGAGGCAGUAGGGAGGCAGCACGAGCAGCAGGGGGGCAGCACGAGGUCACCUGGCGAAUGAGAGCGGGCAGCUGCGAGGGGUGGAAGGGCGGGUGCCAGUGGAAGCCCAUGGCCUCCGGGCACUGCCAUAUGCGCGCACCGCACUGCCGCAGCCGCUCUGAGGAGCACAACCAGGGGGUCCUCCCAUCCGUAGCUGCUGAACUCCGCAUCAAACGGCCCCCUCUGCUGCCACUGCUGCUUCGCCGCUCCACACCUGUCACCAUCCCGCCCUCCCCCUCCUGCAUCCACUCCCUGCGCUUUCCUAUCCGCAUGCUUGCCCCCAGCCCUCUCCUCUACUCCGCUGCGCACAUCAAUCGAGGUGUUGGGGGAGGAGGAGGGGGGGUUGGCAGUGGUGGUGGCAGCAGUGGAGGGGGGGGUGAGGCGGAGAGUGGCGGCGGCCAGCAUGCGGCGCGAGAUGGCAACAUUGCCCGUGGCAAAGAACGCGGCGGAGUAGUCCUGCGCGCACACGGGAGGGAGAAGCCAUGGGAAGGCGUGAGGAAGAGGGAAGGCACGAGGCAUAGGGGGUGUGCCCACCCCUCUCUCCCUCCAUCACCACAUGAUGCUGCUCACUCCCAGCACCCUUGCUGAAAGGUGAAUGAAAGAGGGCGGAGCGGGGGGUUGGGGGGAUUGUGAAAGCAAAGCCCUAGGUACAAUAAGCACUGGUUUAAGGGAGACCAGGGGUGCAAACAGAGAAGAGGGAGAUAGGGACGACAGGGAGCCUGUGUGGAAGGAACGGCGCAGAGGGAUGUCAGUGAGGGUGGAAAGGUGGACCUUGCUUGCGAUCCUGACAUCCUGUCUUAAUGUGCCCAUCAUGCUCUCUAACCCUUGCCUCUCUCUCUGCCCACCUUGCCCGUUCUUCCUUGCUUCUCUCUCUGCCUACCUUGCUCUCUCUACCUUGCCCUUUUCUCUACGAACCUUGCUCUCUCUACCUUGCCUAUAUUUCUGCCCCCCUUGCUCUAUCUGUUAACGUAGAAACGAAUGAUUACUA